GGACGCGGACCGGGCAAGGCCGAGCCGGGCCGGGCCGGGCCGAGCCGGGCCAUGGAGAUCGUCCACGUCUACACGAGGCGGCGCAGCGACUUCGGGCGGCCCUGCUGCUUCUCCGACCGGCCGGCCGAGGUGUGCGUGGACAUCCAGCCCGACCCCAGCCUGGCCGAGGCCUUCGUGCUGCGCAGCCCCGUGGACGCCCCGGUGCAGCACGGCAGCGACAUGUCGGAGCACGAGGUCAACACGGAGCGGGUGGAGGUGGAAACCCGCGGCGUGAACCACGUGGAGGGCGGCUGGCCCAAAGACAUCAACCCCCAGGAGCUGGAGCAGACGGCCCGCUUUCGGAAGAAGGUGGAGAAGGAGGAGAACUACAUCAACACUGUCGUGCACCUCGGCACCCUGAUGGAGCACUGCGUCAGGCAGAACAACGCCAUCGACAUCUACGAGGAGUACUUCGGCGAGGAGGAGGAGGCAGAGUUGGAGGACGAGUCCCCCUCCGCCAAAACCAUCAAUGUCAUCAGGGAUCCAAACGUCACGAAGAGGACAGCCACACAUCUCUCCUGGCACCCUGACAGAUGCAAGAAGCUGGCAGUGGCUUAUUCCAGCCUGGAGUUCCAGCAAAACACAGAAGACAUGAGCUUGGACUCGUACAUCUGGGAUCUGGAAAACCCCAACAAGCCGGAGCUGGUCCUCAAGCCGUCGUCCCCUCUCGUGAGCCUGGAAUACAACCCCAAGGACGCGCACAUCCUGGUGGGAGGCUGCUACAAUGGGCAGAUGGCUUACUGGGACACCAGGAAAGGGGGGCUGCCCGUGGAGGUGUCCACCGUGGAGGCCAGCCACAGGGACCCCGUGUACGGCGCGAUCUGGCUGCAGUCCAAAACGGGCACCGAGUGCUUCUCGGCCUCCACCGACGGGCAGGUGCUGUGGUGGGACAUCCGCAAGCUCUCCGAGCCCACCGAGAUGCUGGUCUUGAACAUCACGCGCCAGGGGCUGCUGGAGAACGCUCUGGGCGCCGUCACGCUGGAGUUCGAGCCCACCAUGCCCACCAAGUUCAUGGUGGGCACAGAGCAGGGCAUCGUCAUCACCUGCAACCGCAAGGCCAAGACACCCCCCGAAAAAAUCGUCGGCACCUACAGCAGCCAUCACGGGCCCGUCUACGCCCUGACCAGGAACCCUUUGUACCCCAAAAUCUUCCUGACGGUUGGCGACUGGACUGCUCGGAUCUGGUCAGAGGAGGCCAAGGAGUCGUCAAUUAUGUGGACCAAGUACCACCUCUCCUACCUGACGGCCGGGUGCUGGAGCACCGUGAGGCCGGCCGUCUUCUUCACGACCAAGAUGGACGGCACCCUGGACGUCUGGGACUUCCUCUUCAAGCAGAACGACCCCUCCCUCAGCCUGAAGAUCUGCGACGAGCCCCUCUCCAGCCUGCGCCUGCAGGACAACGGGUGCAUCGUGGGCUGCGGCUCGAAACUGGGCACCGUCACCCUGCUGGAAAUCUCCUCCGGGCUCUGCACCCUGCAGAGGAAUGAGAAGAACCUGGCCAACGCCAUGUUCGAGAGGGAGACGAAGAGGGAGAAAAUCCUGGAGGUCCGGCACCGGGAGAUGCGGCUGAAGGAGCGCGCCAGGUCGGAAGGUCAGGACGCAGAAGCAGAGGAAGUUCUGGACGAGAGUCCCCAAGAGGCACUCGACCGAGCCCAGAAGGAGUUCUUUGAGGUUAUUGAAGCGGAGCUGCAGAGGAGGGCACGGGCAGAGGCCCAGCACCUACACGGCAAGGUUAAAAAACACGCGGAAGAGGAGGCAGUGGUGCAGGGGGAGGAGAGCGAGCUGCCCAAGUACGAGGAAGAGGGCGAGGAAAAGGUUGCUCCCAAGGAGUAGCAGCGGAGCCAGGACCGGUGGAUCGCACAGAAACCGUGGAGCUGUUCACAGAUGCUCCUUGGCCCAUUGCCCUCCCGAUUUUUUUUUUCCUGUAGCGUGAAUAAACAGCAGCUUCCCA